GCACAACCGCACCUCCCUGAUCUUACCUCUGAACAAUCCCUAGCUUACAGAGUACAGAUUUUGUUUUCUAGGGUUUUUACAGAACGAACCCUAAUAAUCUUGUGCUAAGAUUUGGAAAUCCUUUGUAACUUUGGGGUUUAUUACUUAGGGUUAAGUUUAUAUAUAUGGAUUUGAAGAGGAGGAGUGCAGGCUGUGGAGUACUAGUUUUAGUGAUUUAGUUUUGUUUGUUCAUUUUGAGGAGAUGGGCAGCAAGUCGAAGAAGGUCGAUCCGUCUGUUGGUACUUUAGUUUGGGUUAGGCGCAGGAAUGGAUCGUGGUGGCCGGGGCGUAUAAUGGGGAUGCAUGAAUUGCCUGAUGCUUGUGUCCUUUCUGCGAAGAAUCAAACUCCGGUGAAGUUCUUGGGCCGAGAUAAUGCAAACAUGGAUUGGUAUAACCUUGAUACGACAAGAAGGGUGAAAGCAUUUCAUUGUGCGGAGUUUCGUGAUUGCGUUGAAAAGGCGAAGGCUUCUAAAGGUUGUCAGGUAAUGGUAGGUAGUAAGAGAGCUGUGAAAUAUGCACGCAGAGAAGAUGCUAUCCUUCAUGCACUCGAACUUGAAAAAGAAAGUGAGGCACAAAAACAUGAAGUGGUUAUUAGAGCAGUUGGUGGUACAAGGAAGGAGCACAAGGAUGUGGACGCUGAAGGAAACAAGCAAGAGCUAACACAGUCUGGUAUUUCGUUUGAAGACCCAAAUGAUAGUAACUUGAAGUUACAUUCUCUGUUGAAAAAGAGAAGGAAAACUCCUAAUGAUUCAGAAGAUGAUGGAAGUGAAGGGGUCAAGCGUAUGAGGGGUAUCAAUGAUCUGGUAAAUGGCGUAGUAGCAAAAGGAAAAGCUAAUGUAAAAUGUAAAACUGAAGUGUUGGUUCCAGUGAAGAACGCUCCUUCAAUCAGUGAACCUAAAGAGGAAGAUAAGUUAACUCAUGUAUUUGACAGCAAAAGUUCUUUCUCAUUUUUGAAAAAGAAAACACAAAAUCAGGUGGCCAGUAUUUGUGAAACCCUGAAGAGAAAAUAUCGUCGCCGUCAGCUGAGAAAGGUUUUGGAGCAUUCAACAUUGGUGUCUGUUCCCGUUUUUUGUGAUGAGGGUUCUGGUUCAGUGCCAUCCUACUAUCAAGAAAUAAAGGAUAGAAAAGAUUCUAUGUUAGAUUCUAUGGUGGAUAGUUCUGUGUUGAUAUAUAGCAGUAAAGACUUUCCAACAGGUUUAGGUCAGAAACAUACUUCACCAGAUGCUUCUGAAUCAAGGAAUAGUGAACUCUCUAGCAUAUCAGAAAUCCCUGAGGAUGACUUUUCUGAUAGCAGCUUAUAUGAUGUGCCGUUCGUUGAUGAUGAAACACACUGCCAAGGUGUGCCUCUCGAAGUCUAUGAACCUACAAGGCUAUCUGGUCAGUCUAGCCAAGUCAAAUCUAUAUCUUUGAGCUGUGAAGGACUUGAUAAAUAUGGGUCCACCAGUUUCACUACUGAACAUCAUUAUAAUAGCAGCAGGAAGACAAAGAAAGGUACUUCAAAGUGGCAGUUGAAAGGAAAGAGGAACUCAAGGAGCCUGGGUAAGAAAAUGAAUGAUAUGCUGUACCUGGGAAACCCAGAAAACAGGGAUGUUGAAGCAGAUGAUUUUCUUCCGGGUACAAGUCACAUGGAUGAGUUAUAUGUAGAUGUUAACCCUGAAAUUCAUGCUGAUACCUUGGAUGAGUCCUUUUUGUCCGAGGAUGAUGGUGGUGGCUGGAGUGAGCACGAUGAUGAUGAUGUUGCUGACCCCAGUUAUGACUAUUCCAGCAAAUUUAAGAAACAAAGAUCAAAGAAAAGGAAAGUCAAGAUGUCAGCACAUGGAAGAGGUGGGAAAUUCAUGUCCUUGUCAAGUAACAAAUCUGGUGUUGCUAAACCACAGACUGAGGGAAGUUUAGCAGUUCUGUCCCUAAAGGAUCCAAGGUCAGCUUCCCAUCAUCAAUCUUUCUUUCUUGGGAACUCCAGAAAUGAUGUUUCAGAUGUUUCGAGCAUUAACUUCCAGUGGGGAUCUUCACUGUUUGAUGUGAAUUUGGAAGUAAGAGCGAGUUACAGUGGUCAGAGUGUACCGCUGGUUUCUCUAAUGAGCAAAUAUAGUGGUAAAGCUAUUGUAGGUCAUCCUCUCACAGUUGAGGUUUGCAGUUAUGGUUACUGUGAUAUCUUGUUGAAUAGCGUAAAUUAUUCUCCAAUGGAAAAUUUCUCAGAUCAGCUAAUACAUGUUGAGGAUGAAGCGGUUGCUGGUACUUCGAGGACUGAGCCUAGUUUGUACUUCUCAAGGAAAAAACCUGGUAGGCAUUCAAAAUCUUCAAAGAAGUCUUCCAAGAGUAAGAAAAACGGGAUCACCUCAAAAAAGACCCGAAGCCUCUCUUCAUUCAGCGGUCUUCCCAAGCAAGAGGCAGGAAGGCAAACACUGGUCGAGAAGUUGAAGGGUGAUAAUGUAAUGGCUUGCAUACCGCUUACGAUCGUUUUCAGUAGGAUAAACGAAUCACUGAGCUGAGUAACUAGAAACGUUUUAGAUUCAGCCUGUUGGGUUUUCCCCAUAUACUUUGCAGAAGAAACAAAUUUUUGUUUUUCCUGUUUUCAGCAUUGUAUAUUCUGCCGGCAGAGGUUAAAAAAGAAUGUAACGAUGACGACGAGUUCAUCCACUGGCAGAGGAAGAGAGAAAGAAACAACGAUGACCGAGUUCAUCCAUAAUAUUUCAUCAGACUUAGAAAUAGAAACUGGUAGCAGUAGUUUUUCUUUUUUUUUAACAAUGUUGGACUUGCCGCUGUAUUUGGUGCUUGGUUCUUAAAUCUCUUCUUCUGUUUUUUUCAACUUCAAGGCAUGGAUGUAGGAUGUUUUGGAAUAUGCUUUGUAUAUGAUGUAAUAUUUUUAACUUGAGAUGUAAAGAAACGUUCUUUCA